UUUAAUUGUGUAGUUUGCUUGUGGUCUGAGGUCUCCUAUAAAUAUUAGUGCCCUUUCAAGGCUUUCCAUCAUUGUAUUCUUUCAGAUUUUCUGUGUGGUGAUCCCAAAGUCUGUUUUGAUUUUCAUUAGGUCAUUUGAAACUUUGUUUUCUAAGAUUAUCUUGUCUUGAGAGAUCGGUAGUAGAAAAAAAUAAAGAGAUGGCAAGGGAUUCAUACGAGGCAGCCAUUGCAGGACUGAAGAAGCUCCUCAGUGAGGAAGAGGGGUUAGAGGAGGCUGCGGCGGCCAAAAUUGAGCAGAUAACGGCGGAGUUGGGAGCUACCAAUGGGCGGUGGUCAAUUGGAGAUGCUAUCGACCAUAUCCGCAAAGGCUUCCAUUACUUCAAGACAGAGAAAUUUGACAAAGAUCGUGAUUUGUACGAGGCGCUUGCGAAAAAGCAGGAGCCAAAGUUUUUAGUGUUUGCAUGCUCCGACUCUCGCGUGAGCCCCUCACAUGUCCUCGAUUUCCAGCCGGGAGACGCUUUUAUGGUCCGAAACAUCGCUAACUUGGUCCCCUCAUAUGACAAGCUUCGAUACUCUGGAACUGGGGCAGCCAUCGAAUAUGCGGUUUCGAGUCUCAAUGUGAAGAAUAUCCUUGUCAUUGGGCAUAGCAAGUGUGGAGGAAUCAGGGGCCUCAUGGAACUUCCACCAAGACCCCCAAUCAACUUCGUCGAAGAAUGGGUGACAAUUGGUAUACCUGCAAGAGACAAGGUGAUAGCAAAGUACGGCGAUUUGGAUUUCGACACACAAUGUUAUCACUGUGAAAAAGAGGCAGUGAACCUAUCAUUGAUGAACCUACUGAGCUAUCCAUUCGUGGUAGAAGGGGUGAAGAACAAAACCCUAACAUUGAUGGGGGGAUACUAUAAUUUUGUGGAGGGAACGUUUGAUCUAUGGGGUUUGGACCUCACCCUCCUUCCCACCAUUCCCAUAUGACCGCCUAGCCGACGACGACUGUGCCGGCGCCACACCAUGUCCAGCAUCAGCACUACCUGAUUCUUCAUCUUCUUCAUAGUACAAAAUGCUAAGUUAUGUUUCCUUAUUAGUGAUCAUCAAUCUCCAAUUCUCUAGCAAUAAUGUAUCAAGAAUAUAAUGUGUAUUAGAAAAGAAUAAGAUGUAAUAAAAGGGUAAGAUGUGAUGGUUCUAUUA